AAGUCAACUUUCUCCUUCUCUCUCAAUAUAUUUAUGUGCCCUUCAUCAUCAACAAUAAUAUUAAGAACAUAAGGAGAGAGAGAAGAAGAAGAAGAAGAAGAAGAAGAAGAAGAAAGAGCCCCUGCUCAAGGUUUCUGUAUAUAUAUACACACACACACACGCACAAAUAUAUGCAAAUUGCAAAAACUACAACACGUCCAUACUCUUCAUGAUCGUAAAGGUAGAUGGUAUUUCGGUCAUUUUAAUCGCCUGCGCCACACUCUCUCUCUUCCUCUUCCCUUUCCUCCUGCAUGAACUCUUCUCCAACCUAAUUAACUGGUAGAGAGAGAGAGAAUGCAUUCAGCUAAUCACUGGGGAGGAACGUUGGAGAUUAAUGGCGGCGACUCAACCACCGAGGACGAGAGGAGUCGAGACUUGGACAGAGGAUCAGUGUAUAAUCAACAACAUCAUCAUGAGUUGGAUGAGACGCAGCAGAGUUGGCUUUUGGGACCUCAAGACACCAACAAGAAGAGCAAGUAUGUGGACUUGGGUUGCAUGCUUGUCAGCCGGAAGGCCCUCAAGUGGACGAUAGGGACCGUUGCGGUCGCCUUCCUUGUUAUAGCUCUUCCCAUCAUGAUUACACAGCUGUUGCCGGAGCACAAGUCUCCGCCUCCUCCGCCGGAUAGUUACUCUGACGCUUUACACAAGGCUCUCCUCUUCUUCAAUGCUCAGAAAUCUGGGAAAUUACCCAAGAACAAUGGCAUACCAUGGAGGGGCAAUUCUGGGCUAGAUGAUGGAUCAAACUUGACAGAUGUCAAAGGAGGAUUGGUUGGAGGGUAUUAUGAUGCAGGAGACAACACUAAGUUCCAUUUCCCAAUGUCAUUUGCCAUGACAAUGUUGAGUUGGAGUGUGAUUGAAUAUGAACACAAGUACAAGGCCAUUGGAGAGUACAACCAUGUUAGAGACCUCAUCAAGUGGGGCACUGAUUACUUGCUCUUAACCUUCAACAACACUGCCACCAAUAUUGACAAAAUCCAUUGCCAGGUUGGAGGGUCUCAAAAUGGUUCCAAAGUACCAGAUGAUCACUACUGUUGGACAAGGCCAGAGGACAUGGACUAUCUCCGGCCAGUCCAGACCGUAUAUGCAGGGCCAGAACUCGCCGGGGAAAUGGCAGCUGCUUUUGCAGCAGCCUCCAUAGUGUUCCGUGACAAUGCCCAAUACUCCGCCAAGCUUGUCAAAGGCGCCAAAACGGUCUUCUCCUUCGCCAGGGACUCCGGAAGAAGGUCAAGAUACAGUAGUGGGAACCCUUUCAUUGAGCCCUACUACAACUCCACCGGCUACUUUGAUGAGUACAUGUGGGGUUCUGCAUGGCUGUACUAUGCCACCGGAAACAAGUCCUACAUUUCGUUGGCAACAAACCCGGGCUUGUCCAGGAACUCCAGGGCCUUCUUCAUGAUCCCGGAUUUGAGUGUGCUGAGUUGGGACAACAAGUUACCGGCAGCCAUGCUGCUUCUGACGAGGCUGAGGGUGUUCUUGAACCCGGGCUACCCUUAUGAAGAUAUGUUGCGAAGCUAUCACAAUGUCACUGGUCUUACCAUGUGCAGUUAUCUUCAUAGGUUCAAUGUCUUCAACUGGACUAAAGGUGGAAUGAUUAAACUGAACCAUGGGCGUGGGCAGCCUCUACAAUAUGUGGCCAAUGCAGCCUUCCUGGCAAACCUUUUUGCUGAUUAUUUGAAUGCCACCGGCGUGCCUGGAUGGUACUGUGGCCCUUCUUUUAUAUCCUUUGAUGUUCUUCGUGAUUUCGCCACUUCCCAGAUUGACUACAUUCUUGGUGCAAAUCCCAUGAAUAUGAGCUACUUGGUGGGGUAUGGCUCCAAAUUCCCUAAGCAUGUGCAUCACCGUGGAGCGUCAAUACCCCGUGACAACAUCAAAUACUCGUGCAAGGGUGGAUGGAAGUGGCGUGACACACGUAACCCUAAUCCUAACACCAUUACAGGAGCCAUGGUCGGAGGGCCUGAUGGGUUUGACAGAUUCAGAGAUGUGCGUAGCAAUUACAGCCAAACCGAGCCUACAAUGGCUGGAAAUGCAGGGUUGGUUGCUGCACUUGUGUCUCUGACAAGCAGUGGCGGCUAUGGCAUUGACAAGAAUACCAUAUUUUCGGCAAUUCCUCCAAUGUACCCAGUGAGCCCACCACCUCCUCCGCCAUGGAGGCCAUGAGCUGCUAACUACGUUAUAAUAUCCUUACAGCUUGAACCUCUCUGCAUUCUCCAAUCCAGAAUGUCUGUCAAGCUUUUUGUUUGUACAAAAUACGCAGCCUAAUAUAUAAUAUUCAUUCGAUACUUGGUACUACUUUUUUGUUAUAAGUUGCAUGUUCAAGCUCAAACUAAGAAAGUAGUCUCCUCCCGAGUUGUUGUCUUUCAAAAGGAAUCUCACUAAAAGAACAAUUGUAAUUCAUUAUUCAAAUAAACAUCAUUGUUACA